AGCAUAUGCCUCCGCAGAUGCAGCAAAUUUCGUUGCAACAGAUGCCACAGCAUCCACAAAGUCCCAGCGGUAUUCAGACGCUUCAAAUGGGAACACCCAUGCCCCAGGGAGUGCCGAUGGAUAUGCAAAAUAACCAGUCGCACUCGGGAGCGGAUGAGUCCGAGCAACCGAAACCACGCGGAGGAGGCAAGCGGGAAUUGUCCACGUCCAAACGCGCAGCUCAGAACCGAGCCGCACAGGCAGCGUAAGGAAGGGUACAUCAAGAAACUCGAGGAGCAGGUGCGAGACUUUGCUACCAUGCAGGAGAGCUACAAGCAGAUCCAGAGUGAAAAUUACCAACUGCGUGAUUACAUCAUCUCGUUGCAGUCACGACUCAUCGAGUCUCAAGGCGAGGAUGCGGUACCACCUGCGCCCGCAGUUCUCGUCCACCCCUCGCCACCUCUUGUACUGGUCGACACAAGCUCAACCGCGGGUGGCGGGAUGAUGCACCAAUCCCCCCAACCGGUGCCGCACUCGCAACCGCCACCACCACAACAACUCCCCGUCCAACCGCAGCCCAUCCAGCCCCUCCACCAGGCACCCAUCAACGCGCCCACAGCGAACAUGGGCAUCGGCCACCCAUCAAUGUCGACCGUCAUCCCGCUCCCCCAAUCGGUCCUAGCCGCCGCCGCCGAGCUCCCACAACCUGCCGGCGCCCAGAAGCGCGCCCACGACGACGCCACGGACCAAGCCUUCCUGCAGAGCAUCGCCCAAGCCGCCGGCACUGGCGGAUCCAGCUCCUCGUUCAUCGCGACGAAUCCUCCGAACACCACCACCACCCCCGCCAAGGCCACCACAAGUCCUGCCGCGAAACGCGUUAAGGGCGAGAAAUUGGUCGAGCUGAAAACCGAACCGGAGCAUGUGAAUGGUGCUUAGGAUGCGCUGUUUGACAGGAAACUCACGGAUUUAGGGCUUCACUAGGUGUUGUGUUGUGUGGGUCUGGGUGUGGGUAUGGGAGGGUGGCUGGCUGGCUGAAAUCACUUGGGGUAGAUGAUUUUUUUUUCCCUUCUGUCGUUUUGCUUGAGGCGGGAACGGUUUAGAUCGUUACCCACUGACUGCGUUCAUUUUUUUACUCUUUGGAACCC